AAGGGUGCAGUGGAACUGAGAAGUAAACGUCCAGUGUGUCCUCAUGGCAUCAGGAUUUUUGAGAAAACACCAAAAAUAUAAAUUGAUUAGCAUAUCCUAAUGCUAUUUCACUUUUCCAAAAUAAUAACUUCAAUUUUUCAGCCUUGUCUCUCCAUCCAGUUUUUAUAUAUAUUUCUUGUAAUUAUGCCAAAUGAUUUCCCAAUGAAUCACACACUGUGUAUCUGAGUAGAUGCUGAAGUUUGAAUGUGUGUUGGAACACAUUGCUCAGAUUGACAUCAAGGGCAAUAAUGAACUUUAUUUUCUGAAAUUGUUGGACUGUGGCUCCAUACUUUGCCUUAUACCUCUUCAAAGCACCUGCUGAUUCUAAUCUUCAGUCCUGAAUAGGACCAUGGCAUCCCCACAACACCAACAACUGCUGCCUCACAACACUGAAGUGAGCUGUGACUCAAGUGGAGAUGGGGGCGUCUCGGUGAGGAUUGGCAGCAGUGUCAAACACAAACAUGGAGGUGGGCCGCUGGGUUCAGUCGGGGGCGGCUUCAUGGCUGGGUCCAAACGCUGCAAGUACAGCAUCUCCUCCAGCUGCAGCUCUGGCGAGUCCGGGAUGAGGAGGCCGGUGGUCAAGAGUUUCCGUGCGCAGAAGAGGAUGCCUCAGCUUUUUGAGAGAUCCGCCGGCCAUUUCUGGGAUCCAAAGUUUGACUCUUCCAUCCUGGAGGAGGCAUGUAGAGAACGAUGUUUUCCUCAGACCCGGCGGCGUUUCAGAUACGUGCUCUUCUACCUGGUUGUGGUUGGCUUCAUGUGGGGGAUCUACUUCGCAGCCAAUCCUUCUCGAUGUGACAGGAUAGUUUUUCUUCUCCCCACUGCAUCCUUUCUCCUGUUCUGCUUCCUUCUCUUCCUUUUGACUUUCACAAAGCUCUACACUCGCUGCUACAAUCAAGCAUCUCUGCUGCUCAUAAUCAUUACCUUCAUAGUGACACUGGCCCCACAGAUCCAGACUUCAGGUUUCAGGGAUGCAGAGACUCUCCCAGUUCAUUUCGUUGCAGAAGAGUUAAGCGGCGUGGAUCCUGCGUACAACCUCUCGUAUGAUAAGGUUGUGGCACGCAGCACUUGGUCCCCAUGUCUUUCUCCUGUUGGCACCUUCUCGCUCUGUAUGGAGGUUCUGCUGUUGCUAUACAGUGUCCUGCAUGUUCGCCUUUUUGCCUCCGUCAUGUUGGGAUUCCUCUACUCUGCCUUUUUUGAAUGUUUGGGCUGGCUACACCUGACCCAGGAGGGGGAGCACUGGACUUUAGCCUCUCAGUCAGACUGGGAUACACUAAGUUGGUUGGGUCCAGCCAAAGCUCUGCUUCACCUUUGCGCUCACGCCAUUGGCAUCCACUUGUUCAUUAUGUCUGAGGUGAGGUCGCGUAGCACCUUCCUGAAGGUGGGUCAAGCUGUCAUGCAUGGCAAAGAUCUGGAAGUGGAGAAAGCCUUGAAAGAGCGUAUGAUCCACUCUGUCAUGCCCAGAAUAGUGGCUGAUGAACUAAUGAAGCAGGGUGAUGAGGAGCUGGGGGACAGUUCUGUUAAACGUUACUCCACAAGUGGUGCUGUGGCAGUCAUCUCAAGUCCAAAGAGCAAUAAACGUAAGAAAACGUCCAUACCCCGAGGCCAAAUCAUCUUCAGACCUUUCAACAUGAAACGAAUGGAGCCUGUGAGCAUCCUCUUCGCAGACAUUGUGGGCUUCACCAAAAUGUCGGCCAACAAAUCAGCUCAUGCCCUUGUGGGGCUUUUGAAUGACUUGUUUGGACGCUUUGACCGGCUCUGUGAGCUUACUGGCUGUGAGAAAAUCAGCACUUUAGGAGAUUGUUACUACUGUGUGGCUGGAUGUCCUGAACCCAGACCAGACCAUGCCUACUGCUGUGUGGAGAUGGGCCUAGGUAUGAUCCAAGCUAUCGAACAGUUCUGCCAGGAGAAGCGUGAGAUGGUCAACAUGAGGGUGGGCGUCCACACUGGCACAGUAUUGUGUGGUAUCCUUGGCAUGAAGCGCUUCAAAUUUGACGUUUGGUCAAAUGAUGUCAACCUGGCCAACCUAAUGGAGCAACUGGGCGUGGCCGGGAAGGUCCAUCUAUCACAAGCAACUGCUAAUUUUCUGGAUGAGCGCUACCAGCAUGAAGAUGGACAGGUCACUGAGAGAAUCGGGCAGAGUGUGGUGGCUGAACAGCUGAAAGGUCUAAAGACGUAUCUGAUCUCUGGCAGGAAGAUGGACUUGCACUCGCAUUGCAGUUGUCCCCAGCUGGGUCUCACUGGGUCAGAUGUGGCAGAGCCUCGGAGCUCCAUGUCCAGACUUCACACUCCUGAUGGAGCUCCUUCAGCCUGCGACUUAGCGCCAGACAAGUCUCCCUGUCUGUCCUGCAGUGUCCUGAUACCAGGAGAGGAUCAGGUUUUAGAGGAAGGAGCAGUGCACAACGGCUGCCGUGACAAUGACCACAAGGCGACUAGCACCAAGGACUCUUCAAAUCUGAAGUGUUCUCAGGCAGCUUCUGCAGGACGCAGCCCCAAGGCUCUGAAUGGUCUGCUCAGUCCUCGCCUGGACACGCUGACCAACAGCCAGACGUCACUUUGUGAGAUGCUGCAGGAGAAGGAGAAGAAGACCUGGAGCAGUGGGGGAAUGGGCAUGGACCACUCCGCGCUCAUUCCCUUACGCUCCAAGAACUUCCGAGAAAGGAGCGAUGCCCACUUUGUAGAUGUUAUCAAAGAGGACAGCCUGAUGAAGGACUAUUUCUAUAAUCCUCCCAUAAACAAGCUGAGCCUCACCUUCCUGGAGAAGAGCCUAGAGUCUGCUUACCGGACGAGCUACCAGGAGGAGGUGGAAACCAGAGCAACAAUGCAAACCUUUGCCAGCCAGACAUUUAGUUCUUUCCUGGACAUGCUCUUGUCCUGUUCAGUAUUUCUGGCUCUCUCAUUGGCCUGUUUUCUUCGACCACUCGUCACCCAGCAGAGUUUAUCCACUCCGGUGCUCAUUGUGACUGCUGUCGCCGCCCUGCUGGAGGCUCUGGCACUGCUGUUUGCAAUACGUAUGGCAUUCUACCUGGACUCUGCGCUGGGUUGCACUCGGGUGCUGAUGAGAGUCAUCUCUGCCUGGGUACCACGUCACUUUAUAGGAGCUAUCCUGGUGUCUCUGCCUGCUGUGACUACUUUCUCCCAUCUCACCUGUGAUGUGCAGCUCUCCAUACAGUUCACCAUGUUCCUCUGCUGUGCCGUCAUCAUAGCUAUCAUUCAGUAUUGCAACUUCUGCCAGCUGAGCUACUGGAUGCGAUCAACUCUUGCGACUUUGGUGGGACUGACCCUGCUGGCUUUGCUCUUUAGCUCCCCCUGCAGGUCCCAUGACCAGAACAGUAUUGGUAACAACUCCAUCAGCAUGUCCAGCAAUCUGUCAGAUACAGGUCCACAGACCCACCACCAUGAUCUUCUGGGGCCUGAGGUCUGUGUGGCCUUUUUCCUGCUCCUCCUCCUGGUCUGGUUCCUGAACCGUGAAUUUGAGGUCAGUUAUCGUCUACAUUAUCAUGGCAACGUGGAGGCUGAUCAACAUCGUAUCAAAAUCCAAAACAUGAGGGACCAGGCGGAUUGGCUGCUUCGUAACAUCAUUCCCAUCCACGUGGCCGAGCAACUGAAGGUCACCCAGAGCUACUCCAAGAACCAUGAUAAUGUGGGUGUAAUAUUUGCUAGCAUUGUUAACUUCAGUGAGUUUUACGAAGAAAGCUAUGAAGGAGGAAAAGAGUGCUAUCGUGUCCUCAAUGAGCUGAUUGGAGACUUUGAUGAACUGUUACGUAAACCUGCCUUCACAAACAUUGAAAAGAUCAAGACCAUCGGUGCAACGUACAUGGCGGCAGCGGGACUCAACGCACAACAGUGUGCAGGCGCAGCCCGUCCUCAUGCCCAUCUACGAGCUCUUUUCGAAUUUGCCUUGGAAAUGAUGCAUGUGGUAGAUGACUUCAACAAGAACAUGCUGGGCUUUGGCUUUAAGCUCCGUAUUGGAUUCAACCACGGGCCUCUAACAGCAGGAGUAAUCGGCACCACUAAGCUACUCUACGAUAUCUGGGGUGACACAGUCAACAUUGCCAGCCGCAUGGAUACCACAGGUGUAGAGUGUCGUGUCCAAGUGAGUGAGGAGAGCUAUUGCGUGCUCAGUGGCAUGGAAUAUGAGUUUGAUUACCGUGGCACAGUUAAUGUCAAAGGCAAAGGUCAGAUGAAGACUUUCCUUUAUCCUAAGAGCAGCGAUAGCGGCACUGUGCCUCAACACCAGCUUUCGGUCUCUCCGGAGAUACGAGCACAAGUGGAUGGUAGCAUUGGCCGUUCACCCACUGAUGAGCUUGCUACUAUGGUGCCCACCACCAGCAUGACUGCAAGUAGUACCUAUACUAUGGUUCCCAGUAUGAGUACAUGUUCCUCUACCAACACGGGGCUUGGUCAUGACAAAGAAACAGCACAGUUUGAAAGAUGUCCCUUUACAGAGGCUUCUCAUGCAAUGCGCUCUUUUUCUCAUAGUGGCCUGACAUCUGUUGCCACUCGAGAAGGACCUCUUCCUCCUCCUGUGGAUAAACAGCCCAUCGUCUCUUCUUCAGUCCAGCAGCAUACCCCUCAAAAUACCACAUCAACGUCUCCUAAAGACGUUGAGGACAAAUACAAAGGUGAAUAUGAGUUUUAUGCUGGCGAGUUCACUAGACUUUAAGGUUUUGCUAUAAUUGUACUUGUAUCAUGGUCCUCUACCCUUUAAACAUCUGCCAUUUGGCAUUUAAAGAAAUGCUGUGCAUAUAGUCUGACCCCACAGUAGACUCAGUGGAUUGGAAAAACCCAAAAGCCUUUUCUCUAUGUCAGGCAGUCUGAAGGAUGUUUUUGGUCUUAAAAUGAUUAGCUGAUCAGUUCAGUCAAUGGGGGGACCACUAAAGAGUGUAACAGGCAGGAGGAAACCGUAAGAUCAGAUGACAGUCCGACCUUUCUUCUGUCAUCUCCCAUUGACUGACUUGGUGAUCAGUAACACAUUUAUUCUCGAUUGUUUUCUUCAUAUAUCUUUUAAGUGCCUUAACACAUUGGUUGUUCCUAAUUCUGCUCCUUGGAUAUCCUCAUGCUGCACAUUUUCCAUCUCUGCCUGCUCUAUCCACACAUAAUUAAAGCAAAAUUUAGGUGUGUUCCAUUCAGCCAACCAGUGGAACAGGACCAAGAGCUACUGGAACACAUCAAGGUGUAGUCCAGAGAUAUAUUUCCUGAUAUUUCCUGUUUUCCUUGUUCUACCAGGUAGCUCUGUGGGUUAUGAGUGGGACAACCAAUAGGUUGGAGUUUGAUCCCAGGUUUGUGUCCUUGGACAAGACACUUCAUCUGCAUUGUCCUAAUUCACCCAUUGGUGAAUGGGUACCAGCCUUGGCUGAGGAAGUAACCUGCAAUGGAUUGGCAUCUCUUCUAGGGGAGUUCUAGACUCUCAUCCACACACGCUAUGGUAUCCAGGGAAAAGCACAGUCUUGAUGGGCCUUGUGGCCUGCAUAAAUGUUCUUAUGGUUUUACUCAUCAUAUUUGUUUGGCCGAUCAAUAGAUGUGAGAUGCUCAAUGUGUGGGUAGAUCAAUGAAAGAUGUAAUUUGUGCAGUGUAGUAAGGCUCCAUUCCAAGGGUUAAGGCCGUGGCCUACCUCAUCAGGAAGGCUGUUGGGCUCACUAAUAUCCCCAUGUUCAAUGCCGAAAAGUGAAGGGGUGUGCCAACCAAAAUUUGAAACCUUUUGACUUUGACACUUGGACAGACCAUUGACUGAACAGCUGUGCAGUGGUGUCAGUAAAAAAGGAAAAUUAGUUUGUUUCAUCACACUAUUUCAUCAAUAGAUAG